UAUCGUGUUGGAUGUUAGAUCACUCGAUUUUUAAGCUGCUCAGAUUUGAUAGCCACGUUAGAUUAAUAAUCACUGUUAUCAAUUUUUCAACAGUUUUUCUCGCACUAUUGCAAACGUGUUAAAAAUAUAAAACCCACCGUUGUUGAAUGAACCUGCUCAGAUUUGAUAGUCACGCUACAUUAAUAAUCACUGUUAUCAAUUUUCCUGUUGCAAACGUAAAAUAUAAACAUUUCCGUUGUUAAACGUAGAGUUGUUCAGACAGAGUUACUAACUGUGAGAAAUUUUUAUGAAACUUUUAUUGUACGUUUCGUAGAACGCUUCGCGAAACAUUUGAUAAAACGAGCUUCCAAGAGUCGUCGAUUUUUCACGGUUGUUUUCCCGUACAGUUAGCUAAUUUAAUCGUUACACGUAGAGUCUAAUUGAACUCGUUAAGCGGACGCCACUAACACUGAGAAAUUUUUAUGAAACUUUUCCUCUAUAAGAAAUUUCACGUUUCAUAGAUUGCUUCACAUUUGAUAAAACGAGCUUCCAGAGAGUAUAGGUCAUUUCGCAAGCUCGCGUUUAUAUUUUACACGCGACUGAGCUGACCGUGGAAAACGUUUGCAUGAUCAAACAAGCGUGUAGGAAGUAGAAUAGUUGAUGCUAACUGGUUCGAGAAAUCGAACCGUUUUUCGAGAACAUUUACGCUUAUCAUUAAUCGUCGACGACGGUGUCGUACGUUCCUAAGAGCGAGAACAGAGCAAUCCUCAGCUGUGGUUUAUCGAUCAAUUGCACUGGUACAUUCAAGAGACUACAAAUUGCUUCUGAGGGAAGUUAACUUGGUCUUCUUAACAAAGAUCGUUAGUACUUUAUCACCAACGUCUGACCUAUUAAAGUUUUCUCUGAACUUACGGUGAAAUUCCAACUAUCGAGAAAGGCAACUAAUUUUCUUUUAAAAAAUCUAUCGAAAUUAAAUGUUCGAUUUUUAAAUUCGAUUAAUCUUAAUUAUUAAUCGCGAUGGGAAACGAUCGCGAGUCGUUGGGUUUGUUCGACUGUUGGAAAAUGUUGUUGAAACACGACGUAUGGACGCACCGUGUUCCGACGACGUAAUCCGCGAUGUGACAGUGCCGCGAGUAGAGGACGAUGUCGUCGGAGGGACAUCGUGGAUCGAUCGAUUGGUUCGCCGGUUGAACAGUCACGCCGAACAAAGUGAAGCUACCACCGGCGAAGGGGGAACAGCGGGCGAACGAGUCGGCGUUCCGUCAACUGUUCGCCCUGUUUCAACAGCGUAAGCCUCGGGAUCCGCUGCGGGGCCAACAGAACGCCGCUGCCUCGUCGGUGCCACUGCUCGAGAUGGGAACCAGAGCAUGGGACUACGAGGCGCUGCCGGAACUUCACACCUCGACGGCCGUCACCCCCUCCUCAACGCCGCCUAACGCACAACAGGCUGCUGCUAAGACGCAUUCACCGAGGGUCUACUUCCAGGCGGAGAAUUUGGCCACCACGAGGAGACGCAGCAGCUCCAGGUUGCUCGCGCCUCAGUCUUCUUAUAGGAGGCGGAGCAGAAGCAUGAGCGCGUGGAGCGACCUGUCGAGGUCGUCGUUCAAGCUUGACGAGAGGUAAGUGGCAAUUCACGAGAGGAGCUUGUCUCUUUUAUUAAGUAAGUAAUCAAACUUUGGUAUAGACUGUUAUUGUUUAUCAGAGCGUAUAAAAUGAACAAUUUCUCCAAUAAAGCAUCCAAGAUGACUGCUUCACGUUAGGGGGACCGUAAGCAAUUACCCCACUAAACGAAGAUCGAUGAACCGUGACAGUAGCGAAUUGCAAAUUUCAGAUUAACGUUUCGCCGAUUCACAUUUACCAUGUCAAACCGGAAAAUGUGAAGCUUAAUUCAACGUCACAGAUUUAAAUAUGAAAACCUCGUUGAAAAUAGUAAAUACCUAAAUACUUCGUUUGAUGAAAGUUCGUUCUACCCUUCUGUGUCAGAAAACUUAAAUUAUUAAUGAGAAUGCUUUUUAUAAGUUUAGUCAUUUUAUUUUAGAGUUCCUAGCACGUGUGUACGUCGAUAUUAAUAGUUGGAUCAGUUUUAUAAAAGAUAAUUUAGCUUCACGUCUUGUUUUUUUUUUAAAUAAGAAACUGGUUAUUGAUCCAUUUUAUUAAUGGCAUUAAAGAAACAAAUAGGCUUUAGACGGUUCGCUACUCGUUAUGGACGUCGUGUCUUUUACAGUUCAUAAAUUUUUAUCAUCCCCCUGUUUAUCGAGACACACUGUUUUGAUAGAAGCAGGAGAUAACCGUUUUAUUACGAUACAUUUAUGACUUAUACUUCUUGAUCCCACCAUUUCGUUCUAUGCUACAGAAUCCUUGAAGUCUGGAAACAUAGUGAAAAGUUCAUAAGUUCAUGUAACCUUUUA